AUGGCUCCGAGUCGAUCAGAUGGCUCUGCGGGUAGGGAGCGCCUGCGCUGGACGCAAGAGCUACAUGAUAGGUUCGUAGAGGCAGUCACUAAGCUUGGUGGCCCUGAUAGGGCAACACCAAAGGGCAUCUUGAAGGCUAUGAGCGUUUCUGGACUGACCAUCUACCAUAUCAAAAGCCAUUUGCAGAAGUACAGGAUAUCAAAGUUCAUUCCAGAGUCGACCAGUAAAGGCAAACUUCAGAAGAAAAACAUUUCAGAAAUGCUCCCUAAUUUCGGUGCAACGUCUGGUGCUCAGCUCAAUGAAGCCUUAAAAGUUAUGCAGAUACAAGUACAGAGGAGACUGAGUGAUCAAAAUGAGGUGCAAAAGAUUCUGAAACAUAAAAUUGAAGCCCAAGCAAGGUUCCUUGACAUAUUUUCAGCAGAACGCCAUAACAACAAGAAGAACCGUCCGAUCUUAAUCACAAAACCCAGCAAAGUACCGUUGCCUCGGACAUCGCUGCCUUCACUUUGCGAAGACUCAGAAUCAAAUGCAAAGGAGUUUUGUUCUGACUCAGAGGCUGCUAAGACUGAAAUACAAUCCUCUGCAGAACAAUUCCAAGCUCUGAAGAGGCUUAGGCUACAUCAUCAAAACGACGAGGUCUAUGAGAUAGCACUCAAUUCAGAGUGGUAUAAUCAAAGCCACAGCUUGCUUCUCCCUCAUGAGGACCCUGUCAACUUUCCUUGGAACCUUGCAGACUGCUCAUCUCCCUUGGUGCCCACCUGCUUUCUAUAAGUACUUUUUCUUUCUAUGAAUGCAUAGAUAUAGUGUGUUUGCUGCAACA